GAAAUAACAACAACGAAGGGGUGAAAGACUCUUCCAUCAGCAUCAUGUCAAAUCUUACCAGAUACAUAAUUCUGUUCGGAAUCAUCGAUAUCCUGAUAGUAUUUAUAUUUUUGCUACACACCAGCCUAUUGUUACCGAACUGUAAAAGGGUUAUGAUGAAAAACUCAUCCAGUAAUAAUGUCGCCUUCGUUUCUGCGCAUGAUAUUCGUGAGCAAAGUCGUCUCACUGAUAAAUGCUUCGAAGUGUCCGGCUACAGGCAGAAUGUCGACAUUGGAGCGAGCUACCAGACAACGCCUCCUUUUGAGAAUGACUUGAGUUUUCAUGUGAACGGAUAUAACGUUACAGACGAGACAAUAGACCUUCUUGGCUACAUGUGCAAAAACAACUCAACGAUUUCAGUGAGGUUAAGCGGGCUUUCAAAUUUGUUAAGUAUCAUAAAACCGUUUAUCAAACAAGACAAUAAACUGAAACAUAUAAACUUACCACACACACCUUUGUUUCAUUAUACAAGAUUGGUAACUGAUGUAAACUGCAACGCUAUAUUCCAGGGUGAUAAAGAUGAAAUAAAACGUGCAGAAAACAUUACUCGAGUUAGAAAUUUUCUCCAACCUCAAAACUACUCAGAAAUGACGAAAAACUGCUCAUAUUUUAAACGUCAGCGUGGCUAUAUUGAUCACCAUUUAACUGAAGUUGAACGUGACUUUCCUAUAGCGUUCAGUCUUUUAAUGUUCACAGAUAUUGAACAAUCUGAGAGACUCCUACGUGUCAUUUACAGACCACAGAACUUUUAUUGCAUACACGUUGACUCCAAAACAGAUCAAGCCAUGUACGACGGCAUGUCUUCAAUUGCGAGUUGCUUUGAUAAUGUGAUUAUGACGUCAACACGAUUUAACGUUCAGUGGGGUACAAUGACCGUUCUCGAGCCAGAGUUGCUCUGCAUGCAAGAGCUUUGGAACAAAAAUACAGCGUGGAAAUACUUUAUUAAUCUGACUGGACAGGAGUUCCCGUUGCGAACAAACUACGAACUUGUACGUAUUUUAGAGGCGUUCAAUGGAUCAAACGACAUAAUGGGAUUAUUAAAAAGAGCCAACAGGGAUCGGUGGCAGAAAGCCGGUCCACCACCUCACAACAUCACGGCGUUAAAGGGGGCCGUGCAUAUUGUGGCCAACAGAGGCUAUGUGAAAUUCAUAUUACACGACCAACGAGCCCAUGACCUAUUGAACUGGACGAGACAGACGCAGGUGCCCGAUGAAACGUUCUUUGCUACGCUCAAUCAUAACCCUCAACUCGGUGUACCAGGUGCUUACAUAGGGGUACCAGAGACGGAUGAAACGAUCAAGCCGUACAUGGCGCGAUUCAAGGAUUGGGGCGAAAGAAAGUGCCAUGGCAAACGCGUGCGCCUCAUCUGCGUAAUAGGCACAGGCGACCUGCCGGAACUAGCUCAAAGCAAGAAGCUAUUCGUUAAUAAAUUCCAUCAGAACUUCCAUCCCUAUGGUUACGAUUGUCUUGAGGAACUUAUUGCAAACCGCACCCGAGAUAUUUACCUCGGUGAUCUCGCUUUUGAUUCCAGAUAUUACGGGACUUUGGGCUUUGUUAAAAACAGAGUAUAAUGUUACAUGAAAAACGUUGUUGUUGGAUGUUAGUAAUGAACGCUUAAUCGUAUUAAUGUAGAUUUAUCUGGCCAUAAAUUAACUUUAUAAUAUAAUUUUUAUAUUUGAAUUCUUUGUUAAAGUCCGCAAUUAAAAAAAAAAUAGUAUAGAUUCUGUGUUAAGAAUUGUUUUAUGUGUGUAUUGACUUUUAAAUAGAACAAUAACCAAUUACAUAGCAGUUUGCUUUUUAGCACGUGUAGUAGUUAUGAAAAAAUAUUUGUUAUUAUCAUAUUUUAUUGUGUGUUAUGCGUUGUCUGAGUCCUUUCUGUUAACAUCUAUUUAAGAUAUGCUGGCGGCUUAUUCCUUUUACACCUUCCAUGUAUUCAUAACCAUUUCAACAAAUGCACCAGAAACAUUACAUAUAAUAUCCGCGAUCAUUACAGUAUACGUUGCAUAAUAAUAUUUCUCGUGUUUAAGUGCUAAUGAUUCAUCCCACUAGAAUUUGUAUUGGAUG